AUGUCUCGUUACGGGGACACGGCGUCUUCCACCACGGCGAGCUCAAGCGGGGCUGGUGGUCGCUGGGAUGCAGAACGCUUCAUGCGGGAACGCGAGGUGCGACACGAACCCUCCCGCCGCGAACGACGCACCGCGGUCCAAGUCGUUGGGGAUCGAGUAGAAAAACGCGGUCCCUCUUUCGUCGAGGAAUAUCUGAACUCCCAGGCAAGAUACGGGCCGCCAGCUCGACGACCGGACAGAGACUACGAGGAUGAACACCUGAUCUCCACCUCUGAUGCUAUCAUCCCUUUCAAAGAACGCCGCACCUCCCCCUCUCCGCCGCGGAAGCCUAGGUUGCUACGGCGCCAGUCGUCUCUAGACACCUUUGACCGUGCAGCAACCCGUCUAGCAAGCGACUACUAUCGGUACGACCGGGAUGACUACGGACCCCCUGUUGUCCCCGUCGCCGUUCCUCGAAGGCACUCACCGCCAUCUGAAUCCGAUUUAGACUCAAUCCGCGUUGCAGAGCCGGAUUACUACGGUGACGAAGUGUUUCGAAGAGUGCGUGAAGCGGAUAGAAGUGCCACUCCUCGGGGAAGACGAUAUUCAUUGCGUGAAGAGAUUGUAAAGGAGAAAAUCGAACGCCCAUACCCUCGUCGAGGGAAAACACGGGUUCCAAAGCACUUGGUACACCCUCGCGCGCUCAUUGAUUUGGGCUACCAGUUCGAAGAAGUGGACGGCAACAUCAUUAUCUUUCAGGCUCUUGGAAAGGAGAACAUCGAUGAGCUCGUGACAUUUAGCAGGGAAAUCCGACGAAAAACUCGAGUGGAGGAAAUCAAAGGGAAGGAGCGAGUAGUGACCCGGACUCGUGAAUCGGUUUCUGUUGAGAGAACGCGCUCGAAGUCCCGGCGUAGAAGCCCCAGCGUCAUUAGGCAGAAAGCCGAGUUUUUGGAGGUGGAGCCUCGCCGCACCCGUCGGGUUUCGCCAUCCCCGGCGCCUGCACCGACUCCGCGGACUCGUCCUCGGCGGCGUUCGUCUCCAGUCCGCAUCGUCGAGCCCCGUCACGUUGAGGAAGUAAUCCAACCGAAUACCGACGUCGCAUUGAUCUUACCAGCUCGCCAUCGCCGCAGCGACCGGGAGAUUCGGGCUGAGAUUCGGGCACUCGAAGAAGAAAGGAGGUUACUUAGCGGCCGUGAAACUCUGUCACCUGGUGAUGUCGUGGAGGUUCGGCGCGAUUAUAAGGGUGAGUGA